AUGAGGCUGGCCCACACCACCGUGCUCCUGUGGGUCUGGGGCAGUCUCCCGGCCUUUGAAAUUGUGGAGAAGGAGAACAUUUUUCAGAGGACGCCCUGCCCUGCUUUCCUGAUGUUUGAUAACGCUGCCUACCUGGCUGACAUGAGCUUUGAACUUCCCUGUCACUGCAAACCUGAGGAUGUUUCGGCCGUGGUCUGGUAUUACCAAAAGCACCUGGGGAACAGCCACACCACAGUGCUCACCGACUUCGACGGGAGGUUGCUUACAGAGGCGGCUCACAUGCGAGCAGGCAGCAGCAUGCUGGUUCGGUUCAGCAUCCGUAUGUUUAGCCUCUUGGUCUUCCAGGCCCAGCCAGAGGACUCGGGCCUAUAUUUUUGCGGUACCCGCAAGGGGGACUAUUUUUAUGCCUAUGAUGUGGACAUCCAAAGUAAUGAGGGGAUGGUGGCCACCUUCAAGGACAAGGGCCAGGAGCCAUUGUCAGAUGAGUACUAUGGGACCCUCCAUGUCUUUACUACCUUCUGGGAGUGGACCCCCUGUGACCGUUGUGGGGUGCGCGGCGAACAGUGGCGCCUUGGACUCUGCUACCUGCAGAAUCCUGACCUCUCCCCUCGCUACAUUAAGACACUGCCCGAUGUAGUGUCCUGUGGCUCUCGAGCGGUGCCAAGGAGACUACGCAUCAAGACCAAGUACCACACACCCGAGCUGCUGAUUCAGAGCUGCCUAGUGUCCUGUGAGAAGAGGCAUCAGAUCCACGGGGGUGUGCUGGCAAUCUUCAACUAUGUGUCCAAAGUGGGCAGCCGGCCCUGGCUGCCUCAGGUGCCCAUUCAAUUCCAUCAGCAGAGACUAGGUCACGGCCUCAUCAUCUCCUGUCCCGGAGCCAGGCCAGAGCACGCCGUGGCCUGGGACAAGGACCGCCAGCCCCUCUACCGCACACAGUACCUAAAAGGCGUCAACAGAUCCAUGAGAGUGUUCAUCGACCACGGCAACCACCUCCACAUUCGCUUCACCCAGCUCAGUGACCGGGGUAUCUAUUACUGCUGGCGGCAAGGGUUGCGAAUCGCCGGCUUCCGGUUGGGAGUGACAUCUCGAGGGCGCUACCCGGCCUCGCUCUCAGACCCUGAGACUCGCACAGCGGUGGAGCUCACCCUGCUAGGCUAUGUGCUCAUCACAGCAGUGUUUGUCGCCAUUCACCUCGGCCGUUGCUGUUGCUAUUCCUUUCGCUCUUGUCCCAACUUCUCCGCCCAUGCCCUUCUCCAGCUGUGA